UUUUUAAGUUGCGUCCUGAUCCACACUCCAUACCAGUAGGUGGCGGUAAUGCACACCAUUAAGUUGCUUGCCAACCCCAUUAAAAACAAGAAGAAGAAGAAGAAGAAAGCAGCUGGACCUUAAUGCUCUGCUGUUAAAACUUGGUUGGACUUUAACAUCAACUUCAGCCUGCAGCUUCAUUCAGCCCCAGAAACAACGUAGACAGGAAGAGGAAGUUCUGACCCGUAUGACCCAGACAGUGUCGGUGUCGAACAGUUCAGUCGGCAUCAGGCAUCAGUCAUGGAGGCUCCAUCGUUCUGGAUCAACUUGUUUCUCCUGCUGAUUUCACAAACUGAGCAGAAAACUGGUUUUCCCUACAUUUUCCCAGAAAGGCUUCAGUUCUUUGAGUAUGAGAUUGUAACUGUACAAUGUGAGUGUUUAGAUGGAGUCAGUGGCUGGAGAGUAAUGAGGAAAUUCAACCAAAACAGAGGAACAAAUUCUUUGGACCCCUGCAGCUCAGCAGAACCUUCCUGCACUCUGGAUCCAGCCUUCGAAGUGUACAGCGGAGAGUACUGGUGUGAAAAUAAAGAAGGAGAAAUGACCAAUUCUAUUAAUAUUUCUAUUACAGCUGGUCUGGUGAUCCUGGAGGUUCCAGUCCAACCAGUAGCAGAAGGAUCAGACCUGACACUUCGGUGUAUCCACCAGGAAACUGAGCUGCAUCACAUCAGAGAUUUCUAUAAAAAUGGUCUCCAUCUCAUGACCUGCUACAGCAGCAACAUGACCAUCAGAAAGGUCUCCAAGGCCGAUGAAGGGAACUACAGGUGCAGCAUCUCUGGAGCCGGAGAAUCUCCUGACAGCCGGCUGGCUGUUCACAGAGCACUCACAGGCCCGUCUGAAAGAAACGGGUCGUUUGGACCGAGUCAUUUGGUUCGGUCCCAACGGUGUGAAACCUUCAUUCUUCAGACUGCAGCAAAAUUUCUACUUGUGGCCUUGUUGUCAGCGGUGAUCGCUCUGAUUCACUACAAGAGAAAACAACGUACCAAGGCAGAGAGAACGGCGGACAGCAGCAGUCCGUCUGUCAGAGGAGGAAACAAUGAACUGAUCCAUGAAGAUACCAGUCGAUUCUGUGAAACUCUCAUUAAUUAAACUCACAUGAAUUAAUCUCACAUUAUUAAAUUCACAUUAUUAAAUUUACAGAUACAACUUAUGGUCAAAAACUUUUCACCAAGGGGAAAAUAAAGUAAAAAAAAAAGAGAAAUAUUAUUACACUCUGCUAACAUCAAUUCAGUGAGGAAAAUGUUUGACUAUUAAUGGUUUUUGAUAAUUUCUUAAUGUUUCUAUUUCCUGCACUAAAAGAGCAAAAUUAUUUAGCUCAGUAAAGCAUUUGAUCUUCAUUAAUUAAAAAAAUAAUAAUUAAUUAAUUUAAUUUAGAUUAGUUUAGCUGAUAUUUGCGUGUUAAAUGCAGCCUGGAUGUGGAUAAUUUUUGUUUCUUUAACUUUAGCUUUUUACAAAUUUCAUUGUUUGAAAACUGAAAGACUUUUAGUUUAAAUAUUUCAGAAAACAAAGGUUUUGAUUUUUCUGUCUGCUGUUAACAGAUUGAACUGCUCUGAUGUAUUUUCUGACAAAACAGACACAUGUUUAGAUUUAUACAUCAUUUAAUUCCAUUUUCAUUUGUUUUUU